AUGAAAAUGGAGAAAGAAAAAAGCCUCGGAAAAAAAUCGCUGCCUGGGGAUCGCCAAAGCGGGUUUGGAGCCGAUGCUGAACUCGACAGUAUGCGGGACGUCGGCGGCAGGAAGCUGAACAGGCGAGCUCCUGUCCCUCAAGAACCUACAGCCGACUAUAAUCUGAAAGAUAACUCUACCCAGCACCAUGGAAACACCAUCUUCCUUAGAAUGGAUAUUGUUGGGGAUGGGAGUUGUUUGUUUAGAGCAGCGAGUCAGUAUCUACAUGGCCAUCAAGAUAAACACAAAGAACUAAGAAUAGAUGCUCUGAGUUAUAUCAAACAACACUGGGAAGAAAUUAAAUUUUUUGCGUUUGUAGAAUCCCAGGAAUUAACUCUUAUAGAUAACUACUACUCCCAUAUGAUAAAAUCAUCGACAUAUGGAACGAGCUUGGAGAUAUUGGCAUUAUCAGAAAUAUUAAAACAAUUGCAAUGCCGCAAGCAUCGACAAGUAGACGCACCUUUCCGUGGUCAGAAGCCUCCGCUUGAUCUUUUUGGCACAAAGGCUGACGCCAAGUUAGCCAGACAAAAGGAAAGUAACCGGAUCUACGAAGCUAAAAAAUGA